AUGUCCACAGCCCCAUGUCCAACUCUGUCCUUCAGUCCAACUCUGUCCUUCAGUCCAACUCUCUGUCCUUCAGUCUCUGUCCUUCAGUCCAACUCUCUGUCCUUCAGUCUCUGUCCUUCAGUCCAACUCUCUGUCCUUCAGUCUCUGUCCUUCAGUCCAACUCUCUGUCCUUCAGUCCAACUCUGUCCUUCAGUCCAACUCUCUGUCCUUCAGUCUCUGUCCUUCAGUCCAACUCUCUGUCCUUCAGUCCAACUCUGUCCUUCAGUCCAACUCUCUGUCCUUCAGUCCAACUCUCUGUCCUUCAGUCUCUGUCCUUCAGUCCAACUCUCUGUCCUUCAGUCCAACUCUCUGUCCUUCAGUCCAACUCUGUCCUUCAGUCCAACUCUCUGUCCUUCAGUCCAACUCUCUGUCCUUCAGUCCAACUCUGUCCUUCAGUCCAACUCUCUGUCCUUCAGUCCAACUCUCUGUCCUUCAGUCCAACUCUCUGUCCUUCAGUCUCUGUCCUUCAGUCCAACUCUCUGUCCUUCAGUCUCUGUCCUUCAGUCCAACUCUGUCCUUCAGUCCAACUCUCUGUCCUUCAGUCCAACUCUGUCCUUCAGUCCAACUCUCUGUCCUUCAGUCCAACUCUCUGUCCUUCAGUCCAACUCUCUGUCCUUCAGUCUCUGUCCUUCAGUCCAACUCUCUGUCCUUCAGUGUCUGUCCUUCAGUCCAACUCUGUCCUUCAGUCCAACUCUCUGUCCUUCAGUCCAACUCUCUGUCCUUCAGUCCAACUCUGUCCUUCAGUCCAACUCUCUGUCCUUCAGUCCAACUCUCUGUCCUUCAGUCCAACUCUCUGUCCUUCAGUCCAACUCUGUCCUUCAGUCCAACUCUCUGUCCUUCAGUCCAACUCUCUGUCCUUCAGUCCAACUCUCUGUCCUUCAGUCCAACUCUCUGUCUUUCAGUCCAACUCUCUGUCCUUCAGUCCAACACUCUGUCUUUCAGUCCAACUCUCUGUCCUUCAGUCCAACUCUCUGUCUUUCAGUCCAACUCUCUGUCCUUCAGUCCAACUCUCUGUCUUUCAGUCCAACUCUCUGUCCUUCAGUCCAACACUCUGUCCUUCAGUCCAACUCUGUCCUUCAGUCCAACUCUCUGUCCUUCAGUCCAACUCUCUGUCCUUCAGUCCAACUCUCUGUCCUUCAGUCCAACUCUCUGUCUUUCAGUCCAACUCUCUGUCCUUCAGUCCAACUCUCUGUCCUUCAGUCCAACUCUAUCCUUCAGUCCAACUCUCUGUCCUUCAGUCCAACUCUAUCCUUCAGUCCAACUCUCUGUCCUUCAGUCCAACUCUCUGUGCUUCAGUCUCUGUCCUUCAGUCCACCUUCUGUCCUUCAGUCUCUGUCCUUCAGUCCAACUCUGUCCUUCAGUCCAACUCUGUCCUUCAGUCCAACUCUCUGUCCUUCAGUCCAACUCUCUGUCCUUCAGUCCAACUCUCUGUCCUUCAGUCCAACUCUGUCCUUCAGUCCAACUCUCUGUCCUUCAGUCCAACUCUCUGUCCUUCAGUCCAACUCUCUGUCCUUCAGUCCAACUCUGUCCUUCAGUCCAACUCUGUCCUUCAGUCCAACUCUGUCCUUCAGUCCAACUCUCUGUCUUUCAGUCCAACUCUCUGUCUUUCAGUCCAACUCUCUGUCCUUCAGUCCAACUCUAUCCUUCAGUCCAACUCUCUGUCCUUCAGUCCAACUCUAUCCUUCAGUCCAACUCUCUGUCCUUCAGUCCAACUCUCUGUCCUUCAGUCUCUGUCCUUCAGUCCAACUCUCUGUCCUUCAGUCUCUGUCCUUCAGUCCAACUCUGUCCUUCAGUCCAACUCUGUCCUUCAGUCCAACUCUCUGUCCUUCAGUCCAACUCUCUGUCCUUCAGUCCAACUCUCUGUCCUUCAGUCCAACUCUGUCCUUCAGUCCAACUCUCUGUCCUUCAGUCCAACUCUCUGUCCUUCAGUCCAACUCUCUGUCCUUCAGUCCAACUCUGUCCUUCAGUCCAACUCUGUCCUUCAGUCCAACUCUCUGUCCUUCAGUCCAACUCUCUGUCCUUCAGUCCAACUCUCUGUCCUUCACCAACUCUCUGUCCUUCAGUCCAACUCUAUCCUUCAGUCCAACUCUCUGUCCUUCAGUCCAACUCUGUCCUUCAGUCCAACUCUCUGUCCUUCAGUCCAACUCUCUGUCCUUCAGUCCAACUCUCUGUCUUUCAGUCCAACUCUCUGUCUUUCAGUCCAACUCUCUGUCCUUCAGUCCAACUCUGUCCUUCAGUCCAACUCUCUGUCCUUCAGUCCAACUCUCUGUCCUUCAGUCCAACUCUCUGUCCUUCAGUCCAACUCUCUGUCUUUCAGUCCAACUCUCUGUCUUUCAGUCCAACUCUCUGUCUUUCAGUCCAACUCUCUGUCCUUCAGUCCAACUCUAUCCUUCAGUCCAACUCUCUGUCCUUCAGUCCAACUCUAUCCUUCAGUCCAACUCUCUGUCCUUCAGUCCAACUCUCUGUCCUUCAGUCUCUGUCCUUCAGUCCAACUCUCUGUCCUUCAGUCUCUGUCCUUCAGUCCAACUCUCUGUCCUUCAGUCCAACUCUCUGUCCUUCAGUCCAACUCUCUGUCCUUCAGUCCAACUCUGUCCUUCAGUCCAACUCUCUGUCCUUCAGUCCAACUCUCUGUCCUUCAGUCCAACUCUGUCCUUCAGUCCAACUCUCUGUCCUUCAGUCCAACUCUCUGUCCUUCAGUCCAACUCUCUGUCCUUCAGUCCAACUCUCUGUCCUUCAGUCCAACUCUAUCCUUCAGUCCAACUCUCUGUCCUUCAGUCCAACUCUCUGUCCUUCAGUCUCUGUCCUUCAGUCCAACUCUGUCCUUCAGUCCAACUCUCUGUCCUUCAGUCCAACUCUCUGUCCUUCAGUCCAACUCUCUGUCCUUCAGUCCAACUCUGUCCUUCAGUCCAACUCUCUGUCCUUCUGUCCAACCCUCUGUCCUUCAGUCCAACUCUCUGUCCUUCAGUCCAACUCUGUCCUUCAGUCCAACUCUCUGUCCUUCAGUCCAACUCUCUGUCCUUCAGUCCAACUCUGUCCUUCAGUCCAACUCUCUGUCCUUCAGUCCAACUCUCUGUCCUUCAGUCCAACUCUCUGUCCUUCAGUCCAACACUCUGUCUUUCAGUCCAACACUCUGUCUUUCAGUCCAACUCUCUGUCCUUCAGUCUGUCCUUCAGUCCAACUCUCUGUCCUUCAGUCCAACUCUCUGUCCUUCAGUCCAACUCUCUGUCCUUCAGUCCAACUCUCUGUCCUUCAGUCCAACACUCUGUCCUUCAGUCCAACACUCUGUCUUUCAGUCCAACUCUCUGUCUUUCAGUCCAACUCUCUGUCCUUCAGUCCAACUCUGUCCUUCAGUCCAACUCUCUGUCCUUCAGUCCAACUCUGUCCUUCAGUCCAACUCUCUGUCCUUCAGUCCAACUCUCUGUCCUUCAGUCCAACUCUGUCCUUCAGUCCAACUCUCUGUCCUUCAGUCCAACUCUGUCCUUCAGUCUCUGUCCUUCAGUCCAACUCUCUGUCCUUCAGUCCAACUCUGUCCUUCAGUCUCUGUCCUUCAGUCCAACUCUCUGUCCUUCAGUCCAACUCUGUCCUUCAGUCCAACUCUCUGUCCUUCAGUCCAACUCUGUCCUUCAGUCUCUGUCCUUCAGUCCAACUCUCUGUCCUUUAGUCCAACUCUCUUUCUGCAGUCCAUUGUCAGUCCCUAUGAAUCAUGGAAGAUCCUCCCGGCCUGAGAGCACGCCCUGCCCGCGUCUCACUCCCACAGAGCCCCCUGGAGCUGGUGCGUCCUCCCCCCACCUCCCACACACCUCCCCCGGGGCCUCAGCUCUCCCGGGGCCUCAGCUCUCCCGGGACCUCAGCUCUCCCGGGGCCUCAGCUCUCCCGGGGCCUCAGCUCUCCCGGGGCCUCAGCUCUCCCGGGGCCUCAGCUCUCCCGGGGCCUCAGCUCUCCCGGGGCCUCAGCUCUCCCGGGGCCUCAGCUCUCCCGGGGCCUCAGCUCUCCCGGGGCCUCAGCUCUCCCGGGGCCUCAGCUCUCCCGGGACCCCCUCUGGACCCGUCCUGCGGUUUCCUCCAGGUGCUUCGAGAGAGUGAUGACUGGUAA